GUUGAAUCCACAGUCCGGAGAAUAUAAGUUUUAAAACUCAAGGCAAAGGUUUUUACUCUAGGAACGAAUUGGAACGUGGCCGUAAGUCGUACUGCUGAAGAAGAAACAGGUGGCGGGAACAACUAAACAACGAGUAAAAUUACAGCAGCUUUUAACAAGUUGACAUUUUAGAACUUGUGUAUGUAACGUUAGUGUAGCACCUAUUUAUUUUUGCCAUAAUUGCAGAAGAUAUCUCUAAUAACUGGAGCAGGCCAGGCAUGAGUGGAGCACACCUGGACGAAUGGCAGAGGAGGUCCUUUGACAUUUCAUCUGGCAACUGUACACCUGAACAGACGGCCGAUGCCUACCGGGCCCACAUCCUCUCCAUUCAGUAUGCAUGGGCAAGCUCCCAGCUCUCUCAGGCCGGCAUGGCCAGCCUGCUCAGGACCUACUCAGAGCGCUACGCCGCAGUGCUGGACUCUGAUGACCCCCGCACAGGGCUUAACAACUACGCAGAAAGCGCGCUGCAUCUGGCCCGCAGUCAGAAGAACUACAGUGACAAAUGGGAGUCAUCCCUGACCACAGAGAGUGUGCUGGAGCUGCCCUGCGUGCAGAGGAUGAUACAGGCAGGGAAAGGGGGAGGAGGCUCCCUGGUGGCAGCAGGAGAUGUUAACAUAUGUGUUGGAGUCAGGUCAGAGGCUGCAUUGUUCAAACCUAUGGGCCCACCACAGCCUAAAACAGAGGUUAACAAUACUACCAGUAAUCCUGCUACUAAUAUUGCUUUAGAGAGGCCAAGAGGCUCUGAGGGGAUGUCAGGUAAUCCAAACUCCUUCUCCCGACCUCCAGCCCGACCGCAGUCUGUGUUUAGUCAUUCUUCUUCAGGUCAUCCACAGGGAAACCCUGGCCCUGCAUGGGGUACACAAAACAAUCAGUCCUCCUACUUCCCCACCUCCAAUCCUUCUAAGCGGAAGAAUUUUUACAACCCACAUGGAGGGGAUGGUGGCAGGGGGCAACACGGAGGUCAAGCGGGUACUGACCCGCAAGCUGGUGGCAACUUUAGAACGGCUCGUGAGCAGUUCAUUGUUGAUCAACAGAAAAAACACUCCAAUCAGCCUACGAGAGGUCAGACCAUGGCAGCAACUGUGAAGAGAUCUCUGGGUGCUAACAGGCCUCGAGGUGCGUCUUCUAAAUUUGUGUCACCUAUUCCACGACCGGAGGAGGAAGAAGAAGCUAGCCGUAAUUCCAUUCAGGAACCUCAGAUCCUGGACGAGCGCCUGAAAAACCUCGAGCCCAAGAUAAUCGAGCUGAUCAUGAGUGAGAUCAUGGACCACGGGCCUCCUGUCACCUGGGAUGACAUAGCAGGCCUGGAGUUUGCCAAGGCCACCAUAAAGGAGAUUGUGGUUUGGCCCAUGCUGCGACCUGACAUCUUUACUGGCCUCCGUGGUCCGCCCAAAGGCAUCCUGUUGUUUGGACCCCCAGGGACCGGAAAAACUCUGAUUGGAAAAUGUAUAGCUUGCCAGUCAGGUGCCACCUUCUUUAGCAUCAGUGCUUCAUCGCUCACAUCCAAGUGGGUGGGUGAGGGGGAGAAAAUGGUGCGAGCCCUUUUUGCCAUUGCCCGCUGCCACCAGCCUGCUGUCAUUUUUAUUGAUGAAAUUGACUCACUGUUGUCCCAGCGGACAGACGGGGAGCACGACUCAUCACGUAGGAUAAAGACGGAGUUCUUGGUCCAGCUAGAUGGCGCGGCCACGGCAGCCGAGGACCGCAUCCUGGUGGUGGGCGCUACCAACCGGCCUCAAGAGAUAGACGAGGCUGCCCGCCGCCGCCUGGCAAAGAGGUUAUACAUCCCCCUGCCUGAAGCAGCGGCCCGUCGGCAGAUAGUAACUAACCUCAUGACUCAAGAGAAGAACCAGCUGAGAGAGCAGGAGCUGGAGAGCGUGGUAACAGCCGCCGAGGGCUUCUCAGGGGCUGACAUGACUCAGCUGUGUCGAGAGGCAGCACUGGGGCCCAUCCGCAGCAUCCAGCUCAGUGACAUUGCCACUAUCACUGCAGAUCAAGUGCGACCAAUCCUCUACACUGACUUCCAGGAGGCCCUGAAGACGGUACGACCCAGUGUCUCAUCAAAAGACUUGGAGCUGUAUGAAGACUGGAAUAAGACUUUUGGAUGUGGACGUUAAGCGUGACUCCUCAUCCUGAUUAUACAUCUGUUAAAGUUAUAGAUGUUAUUUUGAACUGAGUUGAGAUAUACAUUUUGGCUCUGGCUAAAUCUAUAGAUUGUAAAUAUUUUCUUUGUUGCACACAAAGCACAUAGAGUGGGUGGACAAAACAGCAGGAGAACCUUACAUAAUUGCAGAAAGGAUUGAAGAUUAAAUCAACAACUCUGACAGAACAAACCUAAAAAUAUAGCUUCACAAAGAUAGUGAUAUGUAUGUUAGAUGCAUUAUAUUGAGCAGGUGUAUCUAUUAUUUUUUCCACCCCCAGUGUGUCAAACAGUUCAUUUUUAGUUGAUUUGUUAAUCUCUUUACAACCAGCCUGAUGUUUAUUCAACCAUUAAUAUUCCUCCUUACUUACAGGCUGUUGUCACCACACUUGGAACAAAAAUCUGAACAUAUUAGCUGAAAUAAGUGAACGGUGUCUUUGUAUCAGUUUUAAAAUGCAGCCCGAUACUUCUUCACAGUAAUCUUUGUGGUGAGGGAACUUUUCUGUAUGGAGAAACUGCUCUGCAAAUUGUUCCCAGCCGUUUGCAUUAUGCAUUCACAUUGUUUUCAGCAGUCUUUUUAUGGCCAGAUUGUUUUCUGUGGAUAUUUUUUUUACUGUUUCUUGGUGGUUUGGUGUAAGGCACCAUGUUGUGUGCUUGAACUGUGUUCCAGAUGAAGCAAUGAUCGGUUUAAAUUCCUUUAUAGCGCUUAGCAUCCUCUUUUGUAAUACUUUGAGGAUGAACAUUUAGCGUAAGUAGUAUUCAUUCCAAAAGAUAUUCUCAACCAUCUCAUAUACUGCAUGUCAACACUUUACUUUUGUUGUGGCUUUAGUUUGUUUCAAUUAAUUGCAUUGCCAAACUUGUAUUUUUUUUUCUAAUAAAUUGAAAUGUUGCCCUCAUG